AGUGACGCUGUGACUCUUCUUCUACAGAACCUGUUCAGACAGCAGCAGAAGAUCCUGCAGCAGGCCCGAGUGGUCCAGAACCAGAAACUGAAGACCGUCAGAGAACUCUACGAGCAGUUUGUGAAGAACAUGGAGGACAUGGAGAAGAGCCACGACUCCUUCCUGCAGGGGGCGCAGCAGGAGCUGAAGAAGGAGAUGUCCACGCUGCAGAAGAAGAUCCUCAUGGACACGCAACAGCAGGAGAUGGCGACGGUCCGUAAGUCUCUUCAGUCCAUGCUGUUCUAACGAGCUACUUCCUGCUUCAGGGAUGCAUUCUGGGUGUUGGAGUUUUCAUGGUUAUUGUAGUUUGUUGCAAAAACCGUUUUUACAGAAGUAUGUGUUCAGCUUCUUUUUUACUCGUUUAAUAAGAAUAUUUAUUGUUUGUUGAAAAUUGAAGACAAAGAGUUUCAAAGUUUAAAUAUAAAAUACAAAACUGUGACAUCAUCUCAAGCUUCUGAGAAAUAAACUUUAGUUUAUAUGCAGACUUUUAUUUUGAAGUCAACGUGUUUAAGAGUUCUGUUGACUAUUAAUAUUAUGUGUUGUUACAGUACAGGAAUAAAUAAAAUGUGUU